UUUGACUCAGACGCAGCGAGUCAGUGUUGAAGACCGGCCUUUCGGGAAGACGCAAAACAAACAGUUCAGAAAGUAUAGGAAUAUAUUUGUUUCUCUCAGACUGUAGUGAUGCCGUCCGACAGACCUUUUAAACAACGACGGACAUUCGCCGAUCGCUGCAAGGAAGUGCAGCAGAUACGGGGGGAGCAUCCUAAUAAAAUUCCGGUCAUCAUUGAACGGUAUAAGGGAGAAAAACAGCUUCCAGUUUUGGACAAGACCAAGUUUCUAGUGCCUGAUCAUGUCAACAUGAGUGAACUGGUGAAGAUUAUCAGGCGCCGACUGCAGCUGAACCCCACUCAGGCCUUCUUCCUCUUGAUCAACCAGCGCAGCAUGGUCAGUGUGUCCACCCCUAUCUCUGAGAUCUAUGAGCAGGAGCGUGAUGAAGAUGGCUUCCUGUACAUGGUCUAUGCCUCCCAGGAGACAUUUGGCUGCUAAGUUCUCCAGUGGCUUUGUGUGAUGGAGAAAGCCAAAAGAAGUCAGGAGAAAGAAAGCAGGUUCCAGCUAACCGUAGCCCUGUGAUCUCUCUGGUUUUCCCUCUGUAAGACAUACCUUUCUCCUGCCAUCAUUAAGUUAACAGUACGUUCAUUGUGCCUCAUUAUGACAAGUGUGGAUAUGACUGCACUACUGUACCGACUAGUUUGCCCGUUUAACAUUAUCAACUUGACUCUCUUAUUCCACUUAGUAAUAUUAGUGUGUGUGUGUGUGUGUGUGUGUGUGUGUGUGUGUGUGUGUAAGGAGCUGUUGUGCUCUGGUCCUGUUUGUUCUUCAAUUGAUUCUAUGUUCUUUUAUUUUUGCUUUUAUUAGGGCCAGUGUGUGAAAUAAGUAAUGUGUUUCAUGUCAUUGUAAGUAGGCGAAUGUCUGAUUAUUCUUUUUUUUUUUAAGAUUAGUGUGUAGUUUUCCAGUAGUUUAGGUGAUCCAUUUUCCUGCUUACUUGUAGUGAUCAGUGAAUGGGUGCUGGAGUUAAAUUUUAAGAUAUUUCUUCAAAAGCAAAAAUAAAAUUUUAGUACACUCCUGUAAAAAUUUCUACAUAUUACCUUUUAAAGUAGGGCCUCAGUGUAUGUACAGAACACUACAAGCCUCCAAACCAACUUACAGAAUCAAAAUCUGAAACGAUAAACUGCCAUGUUUUGGGAAUUUAUAAUUGUUGUUCUCUUUAACCCUGCCCCCAUGCUUCCUUCCUUUUCGUGAAACAGGAAAUUGCUGUACAUCUGUUCAAUUCAGCAUUUGGUCAGUAUAGCAGAAUUGAGCUAGGAAAGAGAAAACAGAAAGCGGUUGAGCUGGCAUUUGAGCUAGUUUGUUAGUUGAGCUGUCUAAUGCUGCUUAUGGGUUCAUUUAAGCUAAAUAUGGGGUGGAGUUACUGAUUUCAGUCCUUAAUGCCUCCAGGUUUAAAAUGUAGGAGUGUGAAUGUGGAAUGGAGUGUAUAUGAAACAGCAGUCUGUACUGUAAGCCUUAAGGCCUGAGGAAAAACUACAACUAAACCGAUCCCCAGGGACUUUUCUUUUGUCCUGCUGUAGUUUGUGGUGGGUCCCGUUAACUAUAUAAAGUCAAAAUAAUAUGCUUCUUUUGCACAAAUAAACAGCCAAGAGGAUGAACUUCAUUUUCAAACAAUUUUAGCACACAGUUGUAUUAUGUAUCUUGGAUCUUUCCUUUAUAUCACUAUGCGAUGUAUUUGCCUUCUGUUCCAACUUCAAUGAAGGAUUUAUGAUGCACUACAUAGUUUGCAUGUUUUUCUCAACCUUUUUAUAUACUGAUUUAUGCUAUUAGAUUUGUUAAUUAUUUCUUUAUUUAAAGUAGGAAGA